AUGGCGUCUACAUCUGCUGCUCGUCGACCUGCUACAUCCGCACCUGGGGAUGGCUCGCGAACUAUUACGGUCAGAGACUCGCAGCCUAUUCCAGAGGGCAAUAACCCUGGAGGCGAAGCACCCAACGGGAUCCUGCGACUACGAGGUGGACCAAGGAGCAGACCGCGUGUGAUGUGGGAUGCGGAUGUGAUAGAUAACGAGGGUUGUGGAAAGAAGAAGUCAAAGAUCUGCUGUAUCUACCACAAACCCAGACGCUUCGACGAAUCAUCAUCCGAGUCAAGUGGCGACGAGAGCGACUCAUCGUGUGGGAGUAACGACAGUCGUAAACAUGCCCAUAAACGCCCAGACAAGGCUGGGGAUCCCAACCCCGGUCCGAAUGCGUACGAGAAGUCUGGAUCCAAGGGUAAAGGUAAAGCCGCCAUCAACCGCCUCAGAUCUGGCCAAUCCAAAUUCGAACUCGUUCAUCGUCCGAAUGGAUCUUGGCCAGGUACAAACGGACCACACAUAUCCGUCCUGGACUCGUCCUUUAACCCCCGACCAACGCGCAUGCCGCCCUGGCCUCUCAGUCGUCUCAGUUAUCCCAGUCAUCAGGCACAAGCUGCUGCUCCUUCUCUCCAUAAGCAACGUGGACAAGGUUCCCAAACCAGGAGAUGCGAUCCCGAGCAACGGCUAGAAAUGAUGGUCGCCUUGGCCCAGAAACUGGGUCAGGACGUAGCAGUCGGGGCAGUCAACGAGCCUACGUUUGUCGGCAAGUCAGAAAUCCUACGCGAACAUUGUUCAGAUACGGGUAAACCCGAAUUAACGUUCCUUAUGGGAUGGGAUACGAUCGUUCGGUUCUUUGCACCGAGGUACUAUCCAUCUCCGUCCCAGAUGCUUUCCAAACUGCGCACGUUUUUCAACGAGGAAGGGUCCUCUAUCGUGUGUGCCCGUCGAGGAUCCCAUCCCGAUACCGAGGAAGAAGAGUUCUUGCGUCCGAGAAAAAUAAAGAUCACAGACCUCGAUCAAAGCGUGAGGGACAUUAGUUCGACGGAUGUGAGGAAGGGGACGAUCGAGACGGCCGAAAGGUAUUGUUCCAAGGAGGUAGUGGAGAUUAUCAAACGAGAGCAGCUGUAUUUCUGGAACUAA